GGGGGGGGGGUGGUGGUGGUGGGGGGUUGCAUCAAGAAAGGUCUUCUCUGUGAGCAGGAGACCGACUUUAAAAGGGUGAUUCUUGCCCCAGUGCGGGGGGGUCGGAGGGGUGGGGGUCGGUGGAGAAAAAUAGAUCUAUAGAAAAUUAUGGCCACCUUACUGCGGAAGAUCGGUCUCAUCCGCCUGCACGACCGGGACACCGAGGACCCGAAGCACCACCAGGGCUCGCUAAAGGGGACUAAGGGGAACCAGAAGAACAACGCCAACAAACACUGUCAGACCUCCAACGAAACCAACAUCCUGAGCACCCCGGAGAUUAAGGCGAGGAAGCUGGACCAGCAGGGCAAGGACAAGCCGUCCGGUAAGGAUAAGCAGGGCAAGGAGACGAAGGAGAAGCAGCAGACGGGCGGAGGCGGGAGUAAAGCGACCAGUGCCUCCUCCAUACCACCGCCGGCGCCUCACCGGCAGCACUGCACCCAGGUCCGGACGCGCAGGCUGAUGAAGGAGCUGCAGGAGAUCAGGAGGUUAGGAGACAACUUCAUCACGGUGGAGCUGGUGGAGGACAACCUUUACGACUGGAACGUCAAGCUGCACCAGGUGGACAAGGACUCGGCGCUGUGGCAGGACAUGAAGGAGACCAGCACCGAGUUCAUACUGCUCAACGUCACCUUUCCCGACAAUUUCCCCUUCUCGCCGCCGUUCAUGCGCGUCCUGACGCCCCGGUUGGAGAACGGCUACGUGCUGGACGGCGGCGCCAUAUGCAUGGAGCUGUUGACCCCCCGCGGAUGGUCCAGCGCCUACACGGUGGAGGCGGUCAUGAGGCAGUUUGCAGCCAGCCUCGUAAAAGGACAGGGACGUAUAUGUCGGAAAUCAGGAAAGUCCAAGAAAGCCUUCAGCCGCAAGGAAGCCGAGGCCACCUUCAAGUCCCUGGUGAAGACCCACGAGAAGUACGGCUGGGUGUCCCCGCCCGUGUCCGACGGCUGAGGGGCCUCGGGCGCCGCCGCCCCCCCACCCUCCAACCCCCUCCCUCUCCCCUCCCGAAACCCACCCCGACACCCCCCCCUCACAGCCGGAAAGGAAACCCAAGCUGCCCCCCCCCCCGACGCGCAGAACAGCACACGCACACCAACUCAACGAUCACCUUCACCUCUUCACUCACUCACCCCAAAUAUUGGUUUUCUCUCUUGGUUUUUGUGUGUCUCACGUUAGUGGGAUUUUUUUUUGAAGGGGGGGGGGGGGGUUCUUUUGGCCCUGAAACUGGCUGAGAGAAGAAACUUCUGUUCCCCUUCCUCCCACCCGGGGAAAUACUCUCCGCCAUUUUGGAAAAGACCUAAGAGGAAGUUGUGUGUGUGUGUGUGUACAUGUGAGUUGGUGGAUUUCUUUUUGUUUUUGUCAAAAAUCCUGGACUUUUCCCCCCAUGUGAAAGACUACUGAAUGAAGGAGACUGAUCUCUCCUCCUCCUCUCCUCCCCUCCUCUCCAUCCCUCCUCCUCCUCCACAGCACUGACGUGGCAUCGCUUCUCUCUCUGUGGCUGCUGGCUCAUUUACGCGUUGAUGCUCAUUCACACGCCUCCGUUUCCCCUUUUCUUUCGUCUGUGCCGUUGCUCACAGUUCAAUGCAACAAGAUUGUAAUUUACAUGGAGCUGUGCUCUCUCUUCUUCUUCUUCUCUUUCUUCUCUCUGUGUCGGUUCCUCCUUUUCUUUCUCGCAUUUAGAGCUCACUGUUGCUUAGGUGGAUGUCGGUUUCUACUGGAGAAAAUAAAAAGUCCCGUGUUGCUUCAUGCAGAGACCAUGUAUCAUGUAGGUUAUGAUAAACGGAUCGAGGGCCAGUCACCCAUCGUUCUUUCUCUCUUUCCUCUGAUAUUAUUGUGUGUGUGUGCAUAGGAGAGGAAAACGCCUAUAUUUCCCCACGAUUAAGAUACCAGACGGUACAGCUGAAGGCCAGUGUGUAUGUGUGCGUGUGUGAGUUGAGUGUGUUUGAGCCAGGGAGACAACCCUUUAAACUGGGAACAAUGUGGAUUACUGUGAAGGACACAUUAAGGCCUAAAAGGUGGCGCUCUUUUUCUCUUCUUUGCUUUGAAUUAAUUGUCGCCGUCUUGUCCCACUUUCUACGUCAGCUCCUGAUUAUUACUGUAAACAGUUGUGUGGUUAUUCGAAUAAACACUCGGGAGGUUUAGCUGUGCCCCCCCCCACACACACACACACACACCUACGCAGGUGCACGCCUCGACGCCGGCUGUGGAGCCAAACAGGAUGAGGACAGGCAGGCGGACGCAUGGGGGGCUCGAGCGCUGCCGUGGAUGGAGUGGCGCUCUAAAUGAGCGCACGCUUCAGACAGACAGAGAGAGUGAAGGCAGUGGGAAGAGGAGGAGGAGGAAGAAGAGGAGGAGAGCAGAGGCGGAGCUUUGAGCGCCACCCGCUGCUUCUGCAAAAUGGCCGAAGACAGACGCGAUCGAGCAGCUCCUGCGUUCCCGACCUUUGGGAAGAGGUUGUUGCGAAUGUCCGGUGCCGACUCUGCCGCGUCGGCCCCACAAUCAGCCGGACGCCCCCCCCCCCCCCCCCUCUACGCUCACCACGGGAUGUGCGUCCGUCCGAUCCGUCUGUUUUGGCUCCCUGCCAGUUAAAUGUCAGAGGGAAAGCUGCUAAUUGGUCUGACAUUUAGGGGCCUGAGCGCCAUUAGGGACAGAGCAGGAGGACGGCCCCCCCCCCCCCCCCUCCUCCUUCCCCCCGGGUGGUGGGGUGUGGGCCGGGGAGGUGGGUCAGGUGCAUUCACUCUCCCCUCGUGGAUUUAGAAAAAGUGGAAGAAAAAAGAAAAUGCAGAGUGAAAAUGAAAUCAACGCCGCGUCCGUCCCCUCCGGGACGGGGGGGACGGGGGACGUUUCAGGGUCCUUCAGGUGUCUCUCGGCUCGGCAGCGAGUGUAACCUGAACUGUUAGUAGAGACAAAGUAUCUGCAGCGCUGCGUGUUUGCUGGUCUGUGGUAUAGUUUAGGUGGUAGUUUGCAGACACUAACUGGGUGAACUGAUUCUGUUGUAUUAUAUCUGCAUGUGACAUCGUGAUUGGUAGCUAGCUGCUCUAUAUCUUUUUUUCAAGAAAAGCAAGAAAAUAUACGGGGAAAAACAAAAAUGCAAAUGCUUCUCUUUUCUUGUUCUUUUUUUUGGGGGGGGGGGGGGGGUUCUGUAUUGUAUGUAUAUUGCUUUUAUUUUGAAGCGUCCUGAAAAAUGUCACAUUGUGUUAUUUGAAUGUUUGUGUUUUAAUUUAUUUGUGGUUUGCCAAAAUGAAGAUUUGAAGCAUGUUGCAGGUAUUGUCACAAAAAAAAAAAAAUACAUGAAUGAUAGCCUCUGUAUUUGUGUGAUGGGGGGAGGGGGGGAGGAAGGAAGGAAGGAAGGAAGGAAGGAAGGACAGAAGAUUGCAAAACCUCAAGAUGAUAAAAGGGAGUAUUUUCUUUAUUUGGAGUUUACCAAAGUGGAAUUAGGUACACGCUCCCUUGAAAGUCCCUACUGUCCCUCCCCCCCCCGCUCUAGACAGACAGGCUGGUGGGUAAUAGAGAAUUGGUUAACGCAGCGCAGACGAAGAUCUGGACCGAAGAUCUGGACCGAAGUUCUCCCCAGUCACAGAUCGAGGCUCAGCGUGACGUCCCACCCCGCUGGUAAAUGGGGGAUGUGCUCGUUCUGACCUGAGAUCAGUCACUGCGGGCGACUUUGUCCCACUCCGGACCCUGAGUGUUUGGUCGAGGUCUAAAAAAAAAUAAAAAUAAAAAUAAAAAGUUCAAGAGGUGAAAGGUCGUUUGCAAGACCAAACAGGAAUGUGCAAUAAAAGUUACAGCUUAUUCAAACUCA